ACUUUUGCCUUUCUUCAUCUUCAAAAAAUUCACUUGGAAGAAUAAGAUCAGAAAGAUGGGUACCUUCUAUAUAAACCCUAAUUUCCACUCCAAAUUUCUGAAACCACUAAUUUCUCCAUCUUCAAGAAAUUCUUCUCUGAACAGAUCAGAUCUGAAACAUGGGUCAAGGAACGCCAGGCGGACUGAACAAACAGGGAGGAGGUGCACCAGGAGGAAACGAUGGUGAUAACAACAAGAAAGAGAAGAAGUUCGAACCACCACCUCCACCAACAAGAAUCGGCCGUAAACAGCGAAAACAAAGAGGAUCGGAAACAGGAGCGGCGAGAUUACCUGCAGUGAAACCAUUAACUAAAUGUAAACUUAGGUUAUUAAAACUCGAAAGGAUACAAGAUUAUUUGUUAAUGGAAGAAGAAUUUGUGUCUAAUCAAGAGAGAUUGAAACCACAAGAUGAUAAAAACCAAGAAGAUAUAUCUAAAGUUGAUGAUUUAAGAGGUUCACCUAUGAGUGUUGGUAGUCUUGAAGAACUUAUUGAUGAUAAUCAUGCUAUUGUUUCUUCUUCUAUUGGACCUGAAUAUUAUGUUGGGAUUAUGUCUUUUGUUGAUAAGGAUCAACUUGAACCUGGUUGUGCUAUUCUGAUGCAUAAUAAGGCUCUCUCCGUCGUUGGGCUUCUUCAAGAUGAUGUUGAUCCCAUGGUGUCUGUUAUGAAGGUGGAGAAGGCACCACUGGAAUCAUAUGCAGACAUUGGUGGACUAGAUGCACAAAUUCAGGAAAUUAAAGAGGCAGUUGAACUUCCACUCACUCAUCCUGAAUUAUAUGAAGAUAUUGGUAUCAAACCUCCUAAGGGAGUCAUCCUUUAUGGAGAACCUGGAACAGGGAAGACUUUACUUGCUAAGGCAGUGGCCAACUCAACAUCAGCUACUUUCUUGCGUGUUGUUGGAAGUGAAUUGAUCCAGAAGUACUUGGGAGAUGGUCCAAAAUUAGUGAGGGAACUUUUCAGGGUUGCUGAUGACCUUUCACCUUCCAUUGUCUUCAUUGACGAAAUUGAUGCAGUUGGAACCAAACGGUAUGAUGCAAAUUCAGGAGGCGAACGUGAGAUUCAGAGAACCAUGUUAGAACUCCUGAACCAGUUGGACGGUUUUGAUUCAAGAGGAGAUGUCAAGGUUAUUCUUGCAACUAACAGAAUCGAAAGUCUUGAUCCUGCCUUGCUAAGGCCCGGACGUAUAGAUAGGAAGAUUGAAUUCCCUCUUCCUGACACCAAAACAAGGAGACGCAUUUUCCAGAUCCACACUUCAAGGAUGACAUUGGCAGAUGAUGUUAACCUAGAAGAGUUUGUGAUGACUAAGGAUGAGUUCUCUGGAGCUGAUAUUAAGGCUAUAUGUACCGAGGCUGGUUUGCUCGCUUUACGAGAACGCCGCAUGAAGGUGACGCAUCCGGACUUUAAGAAGGCAAAGGAGAAGGUUAUGUACAAGAAGAAAGAGGGAGUGCCUGAAGGACUUUACAUGUAAGACAACUGUUUAUGUGGGAGCUUUUCAAUAAUUUGGAUAUUUGGUUUCCCAUUUCCGAAGAUGAUUCUUAUGAGGUGCUCUUUGUAACUUCUCCAUGGUUACUGAGAUGAUAUUUACAGUUUCUUUAUCCUUAGUUUCUCAGUUUUUUAAUUCAAAUUUUAUGCUUUUUUUCUCUUUU